AUGACAGAGCUUGCUUAUACAUUGACUGUGACAGAAAAAUGCGAUGUUUAUAGUUUUGGAGUGGUAACACUAGAAACAUUAAUGGGAAGGCAUCCUGAAGAGCUAAUAUCGUCUCUGUCAAAUUCAUCUACUCAAAAUAUGUUGUUCAAGGAUCUCUUGGAUCCUCGUCUUCCUCUUCCUUCAAAUUCAAAAGUUGUUGAUGAAAUACUUCUAGUGGCAACACUAGCACUGCCAUGCCUGCUUCCCAAACCAAACUCCAGGCCAUCAAUACAGCAAGUGGCUCAGAAACUUUGCGACUCCAAACAGCCAAUGCCUUUUCCCUUCUAUGAUGUUUCGAUGCAUCAGUUGAUGACUAAAGGGAUUCAUCUUCUUUCAUCUGAGUAUCAAAAGGGAAAUUUUCAACAAGAAAGCUAA